GUCACCCAACCCGUGAUCGACCCUUGUGAAAGUUGCUUAAUCAAUUUUGAUCACGGGCCGCGGCGCUUAUCCACUACGCCACCGAGCUAUUUAAUAAUAAUUUGCAGUGAUUGUUUUAAAAUCAAGGAUGCCUAAAUCUUAGCAUACAUUUGAAAUUUGAUAAAAUUUCGUUAUGAUUUCAUGCCCUUCACAGAAUAGCGAUUUGAAAAACCAAAUGCUCUCAAGAGACCAGAGGAUUUUAGAGCAGCAGGUGGAAAUAGACCACCUGCGUGAACAAAAUGCUCGACAAAAUGCAAUUAUAUCAUCUCUCAAAAAGAAAAUUCAAGAUCUCGAAGAAAUUAAUCGAAACCUACAAACUACACAGGGUAGAACUGAUUUAACAGUACAAACGUUACAAAGAGACAAUCGUUAUAGUGAAGAAAAAAUAAAAGAUCUAGAGAAAAAACUUCGCGCAUUAGAAUUAGAAUGUCAUAAUGAAGAACAACAAAAGGAGAAUGCUAGAUGUCAGUUCCAUGACCUGGUGCGACGUCUGUCUGCAGCGUUAGAUUCAGAUUUUUGUGACACCACUCAUACGCAUUCUCCAGAAAGUCUCAUUAUAAAAGCAGCUGAAUUGGUUCAAGAGAUUACCAGACUUAAAAAUAAAUGUAUGAAUACCACAGAAAAUUUAUCAACAGUGGAGCAAGAUUUCAGAAGCUGUCGUGAUGCGUUGGAGAGAGCGAAUGCUGAUAAAGACAUGCUUCAACGGCAGUUAUCUUCUCAGAUCCUCGAAACGGAAAGACUUAAACAGGAGAAGGAAUCUUUAUCUGUACAAAAUAGAGUUAUAGAACGUGAGCUGCACGAAGCUAGAGAAAAGCUCUCUCACUGUACCAAAAACCUUAAUGUAGUCACAGAUAAUGUGAAUCAAAACGAAUCUCUAAUUGUGCAAUUGAAAGAGGAUUUGAGGCACCGCGAGGAAAAAUAUCAAAGGCUACAAACAGAAUUCCGCGGUACUCUGGAAUCAAUAGCAAUUCUUCUUAGCUUGCCUACGAGAUUUGUAGAAGCCCACGAAAGCACUAUAAAAGACAGAAUUCGUGAAAUAUUGAGCGAUAAUAAAGAUAAAUCUGUACAAAUCGAGGCAUUACGAGACAAAUUGAAUAUGGAGUCGCAACAAUUAGGCAGAACUGCACACCUACACGACCAGGCCACCACACGAGUCCGAGUUUUAGAAGAUGAAAGGAACAUGCUGGAAGCUAAAGUCCACAAACUCGAGUCUGAACUCAAUGCUGUAGAACUUUCAAGAGAUAGUUUACGCAAAGAUAAGGCUAAUUUCGUGGCAUUCCUGGAACGGCUGAGUCGUACUCUGAAUAUGGACGAGUUAACCCAUGAUAUAGGCAUUGAGCUUCACACGGAAUCAAUCUUGCAUCGAGCUGAACAACUAGCCCGACUCGAGAGCGAUAAAAUCGUAGAUAAGAUGCUAUAUUAUGGAUACUACGGCACGCUGCCGAGACUGCGAAGGGAAAGAUCUUUCCAUGACUUGCCUUAUCUUAAAGAAACAGCUGUGGUCUACCAGCUGCAACGCAGAAUCAGAAUUUUAAGAGAGCAGCUGCAAAGGAAGGAUCUCCAUUUAGAUUUACUACGACGUAAACUAAGUAUACAAGAUGAAAGCUCCCGUGUCCGCGCUGUGUUGCAAGCUGAGCGUGAUGAAGCAGUAUGCAGGAGUAAAAAGUUGGCGCGUCAAUGUGAUAAGCUGAAUAUGCAGCUGACUGACGCACGCGCACAGCUACGGGACUUGAACGCGCAGCUCGCAGACGCGGCCGAGUACAAGAUAACAUCAUUAGAAAAAGCCCGAAAAAUUGAAGAAUUACAGAAGAAAUUGGAAGAAGCUGAUUUGCUGCGUGCUAGAUAUAAUAGAAAGGUCAACGUCCUUAAAGACCAAGUUCGAGCCACUGGGGAGACCUUUGAACAAGAGAGGACUACAGCCGAACAUCAAAUAGCAAUGCUGAGGGACGAUCUAGCUCGAACUAAGGAGAUGCUUGUGGAAUGUCAGAGAAGAGAAGCACAGUUGCAAAGUUUCAGGUAAAGCUAAAUUAGGGCUUCCAAUUCUGUAGCCUGUAUGCAAUCUCGGUAUCUGCGAGACUUAGAAAUUUCUAUCCCGCGGGGUCCCGGUAUAAAGCAAAUAAAACAAUGAAUCAACAACAAUGAAUCAAUCAACGCUAUAAAAAUCGUCAGUAUCUCGCAUGCGAAAGUCAUUUAA